AUGACGGGUAGCCGACUGAUGUCGCCCUUGGAUGUCAUUCCAAUUCCGGCGGCGAAAAUAGUUACGACGAUAGACGACUUGCGGUCGUGGCGAAACGGCGACAUGGCAGCGAUGGCAACCGCCUUGGACAAGAUUCAUGCGACAGUGUUGGACGCUUCGACAAGAAAACGUCAGAAAAACCGUGAAAGAAGAUCGAAGAAAAAAGGCGCGGAAAUGGCCCAGCUCGACGUGGGCGAUUUCGUGCUUUACAUGAACGUGUGGUCGAUUUCGCACUCAAAGCUGAGUGCUGCUAUAACGAUCGCGUUUCAAGUGUGCGUACGCUGGCGCGGCCUACAAGACAUUGAAGACUCGUGGGAGCCGGCGGCCAAAUUGUUGGAAGACGUUCCAACUGAGAUCAAGCGCUACGUGCGCUCCAACAAAUCCGAUGCUCAAGUCAAGGCGAUGGCAACUGCGUUGGGCGAGACGCAAUCGUUGGGGGGGUUUGUUGCGAAUUUGCCAUUCGCAGAAGCCAUGAACCCCUCCCAAGAAGGAAUCCAAGUGUUCGAUUAG